AUGCAACAAGGUAAGGCUGUAGCUUACACCUCUAGGCAACUGAAAGUGCAUGAGCAGAAUUACCCUACUCAUGACUUGGAGUUGGCAGCCAUGGUUUUCGCUCUCAAAGUAUGGAGGCAUUAUCUAUAUGAGGAGAAGUUCGAGCUAUUUUCAGACCAUAAGAGUCUGAAGUAUCUUUUCUCUCAGAAAGAAUUAAAUAUGAGGCAGCGUCGGUGGAUGGAAUUCUUGAAGGAAUAUGACUUCACCCUUCAAUAUCAUCCAGGUAAAGCCAAUGUAGUAGCAGAUGCCUUAAGUCAUAAGCCACACAGAGUAAUCGCUCACCUCAUGAUUCAGCAAUGGAAAAUGUUAGAUACAGUGAAGGAUUUUGACAUCCAAUUGAAUCUGCAAACGUCUGUAGCUCGUCUCUUGAACCUAGCCGCUCAAACUUCCUUAAUUAAUAAGGUUAUAGAAGCUCAACAACAAGAUUCAUGGAUACAAGCUAAGGUAAUAGGAGCUGAAAAAGGUGGUAAGUCAAAAUGGAAAGUUGGUACUGAUGGUGGAUUAAGGUUCCAAGGAAGAUUACCAAAUGUGGCUGAAUUAAAGAAGGAAAUUAUGGAUGAGGCACACCGCACUAAAUUCACAAUCCACCCUGGAGGUGAAAGCAGAGCAUCAGAAGUCGUCGGGGAUGUUACAGCCACUACCGAUUUCUGA